AUGCGGGGCGCUAAGGCAGCGGUUGCAGCUGCUGUUGCUGCAGAUGCAAUGCUGUCAGAUGACGAGGCUGUGGUGUCGCUUGCGGCCCAGUGCCGGGCGGCAAAGCGCUCCUUGCAGCGGCUGCUGCAGCAGGAGGCAGUGCUGCCAGAUGAUUCGCUGCUGUUUGACGGGCUCUCUGCUGUUGAUGACGUGGAUGCCGCCCUUGCCAGGCUGGCAGCCAUGCGGGAUGAGGUGAAGGGGGCUCAGGGGAAGAAGCAGCACAGACGGGGGAGGGGAGGGGGGAAGGGGAGGGGGAGGAGUGGGGGGGAGGGUGCUGGGGAGAGUGGGGAAGGGACAGGGGGGGUUGCGGAGUGGGUGAUGGGGUGUGGAGGAGAGGGGGUUGGUGGUGGGAGUGGAGGGGGGGGGAAUGUAGGGACCAUAGAGGAGGGUGAAGAUGAAGGGUAUGAGAGUGGAGAGGAGGAAGAGGAGGGGGAGGCAUUGGAGAGAGGGAGACGCCAUUCUUUGGAAGGAGAUGGAGAGGGUAGGGCGAGUAGUGGGGACAGAGAGGACAGGGGAACACAGGAGGAGGAGGGAAACCAGGAGGAGGGAAACACAGUCAAGGCAGGAGAAGUGAAGGAUGGGGAUAGCUCCUUUGGAGGAGAGGGGGGUGUGGUGGAAGGUGGAGGUGGGAUUGGAGCAGAAGCUGGAGCAGAGGCAGUGGAGGGGAGGGUGGCUGAUAAGAUUCGUGCUGGUGGAGUGGCGAUAGGUGAUUCUGCUGCUUCUCCUGCUGUUGAGGGUGGGGUGGCAGGGCAGACAGAAGGGAACAGCGAGGUGUAUUUCUAA